UCCGCCCGCUCGGUCCUCGAUGCACACCGCGCCCCCCGUGGGGGAACCCGGUCCAAAGUCAAAGGUUCUGCGACACAAGAGCAGACCGCAUGACAUCAAAUACCACACCAGAUAACCCCUUCUCCGACCACAUGCGAACAGGAGCUGGAACCAGGGGCCCUCUCAACUUGUUUGGUGUUUCUUGGCUCCAUAAUUGUCGGAUCGGCCGGCGGGAUUAUAUCAAACGUCGACGUCGCCUUUCGAGCUCUUCCAAGCUUGUUUCUAGAAACAGACGCCGCAACUAUUGCCAAAACCUUCAUCUAGCUUAUUCUCUUUAUCCGAAAAUCGCUCAAAAUGUCCAAUGAGUUGGCUAGCCAAGCGGGCUGGGAAGCCAACCCGCUAUCCUUCCUGUACCGCCAGGCCGUCAUCACACCAGCCGAGAUCCCGGAAGAAUUCGACUUGUCCGAUUGCACUCUCAUCAUGACGGGUGCCAGUAGCGGCCUCGGCCUCGAAGCUAGUCGUCAAUUCCUUGAGCGCUCACUCGGUCGCCUCAUCAUGGGCGUCCGCAACACAUCAAAAGGGGAGGCCCUCGCCGAAGGCCUGCGACGGGAAUUCCCCAUGGCGCAGAUUCAAGUAUGGCACCUGGAAAUGGAGUCAUACGAGAGCGUCAGAAACUUUGUUGCACGGUGCAAGAAGGAGCUGACGCGGAUCGAUAUCGUCAUUCUCAACGCUGCGGUGGUCGCGCAAAACUUUAUAGUAUCGCGGGAAGGCCACGAGCUGAUGCUUCAGGUCAACUUCCUCUCCACAACAUUACUAGCCCUGCUUCUUCUUCCAGUCAUGAAGCAGAAGAAGCCAGCGGGAGAUCAGGCGAGGCUAGUCAUUGUCAGCUCUGAUUUCACGUACUGGCACACGCCCGAGGAGGAUAUGGUAACGGGUUCCAUGUUCAAGCCGGCUGACAAGGAAACCCUGUGGGAAUCUGGGAAAAAUUAUCAGCAGUCCAAGUUCUUGGGCCAGCUUUUCGUCGCCAAGUUGGCGACUUACGUCAAUCCGAACCAGAUCAUCGUCAAUCUGGCCAAUUCGGGUCUCACCAGCGGCACCAAUAUCGUCAAGCCAGCAAGCGAGUCAUGGUUCAUGGGCCUGAUGAAGAAGACUAUUGGUCGCAGUGUGGAAGUUGGCGCUAGAAGCUAUCUUGAUGCUGCAAUAGUAAAGGGCAGGGAGAGUCACGGGAGCUUCACCUCGGACGGACUCAUCAAGCCAUGGCCGGCUGUGAUGUACACAUCUGAGGGGGAUGGCCUCAAGGAGAGGAUAUGGGCAGAGACGAAGAAGGAGCCUGGGUUCGCAGAGGCCUUUGCGGAGGUUGAAAAGGGCCUCUGAGUAUGUAGGGCCGUGAAGUGCGCGAAACGCCGCACCUUCAGGUACAGUAGGGAAGAGAUGUGCAUGAAUCACUAAGGAGGCUAUGUAAUAUUUGGUGAAAUUCCCCAGUAGCCUACAAAGUUGAGGUUGGCGUGUGCAGGCACGGCUUUAUCAAGCUGAUAUAACUCAAGGCGCAAAAAUAGGACAUAUGAGAUGAGCGUCCAACCUACUUAGUCAAUAAACGACGACCACUUUGCGCCUAGGUGUAUAUAGCUUUAGGCGACGUGCCUAAGCACGAAAUACAAGCCACCCAU